AUGUCGUGGAGAAAUCAAGGCAUCACAGGGUCCAAUAACAUCCCGCUUGGAAAGCGUCGGUUCGGAGGCGACGAAGAAGAUGGCGUCGCAAACGGCGGAUCGACGCCGAAUGGCUUUUCGAAUGACGACCUUGAUGUGAAGCGUGGCCGCAGCCCUGAGCGCUCCCAACAGGAUGGGCCGAAACGCCGGAAGAAGCGCAAUCGUUGGGGUGAUGCGACUGAGAACAAGGCUGCUGGGUUGAUGGGCUUGCCUACCGCCAUCGUCGCCGACAUGACCAGCGAACAGCUUGAGGCUUAUACUCUUCAUCUACGCAUUGAGGAAAUUACACAGAAGCUCAAGAUCGAUGAUGUUGUGCCGGCUGAUGGCGAUAGAUCUCCGUCGCCUCCCCCGCAGUACGACAACCACGGUCGCCGUGUCAACACUCGCGAAUACCGCUACCGCAAGCGUCUCGAGGAUGAGCGUCACAAGUUGAUCGAAAAGGCUAUGAAGGUCAUCCCGAAUUACCACCCGCCGUCCGACUACCGGCGGCCGACUAAGACCCAAGAGAAGGUCUACGUCCCGGUUAACGAUUACCCAGAAAUCAAUUUCAUUGGUCUACUCAUCGGACCCCGUGGUAACACGCUGAAGAAAAUGGAAACAGAAUCUGGCGCUAAGAUUGCCAUCCGCGGAAAAGGUUCCGUGAAGGAAGGCAAGGGCCGCUCUGACGCUGCCCACUCAAGUAAUCAGGAAGAGGAUCUUCACUGUCUUAUCAUGGCGGACACCGAGGAGAAGGUGAACAAAGCCAAGAAGUUGAUCCACAACGUCAUUGAAACGGCCGCGUCCAUUCCCGAAGGCCAGAACGAGCUGAAGCGCAACCAGCUCCGUGAGCUUGCUGCCCUCAACGGAACGCUUCGCGAUGAUGAAAACCAGGCGUGCCAGAACUGUGGCCAGAUUGGACACCGCAAGUACGACUGUCCCGAGAAGCAGAACUACACUGCCAGCAUCAUCUGCCGUGUCUGCGGUAACGCCGGCCACAUGGCUCGCGAUUGCCCGGAUCGCCAGCGCGGUGCGAGUUGGCGCAACGACAACCCAAUGGGACGGCCUGGUGCUCCUCGCUUGGGAGGCGGUGGUGGCGGCGACGCGGUGGAUCGCGAAUACGAGCAACUUAUGCAAGAACUUGGCGGCACUGGUGCUGCUCCGGCACGCAUUGAGGCUGGACCUGGAUCCCACGCCCCCCCCAGCGGCCCUGGCGGAGGUGAUGCCCGACCUUGGGCCAGAGGCCCGACUGGCGGCCCCGCUCCGUGGCGCUCCCGGAACAACGACCGCGAAGAAGGCGGACCGCCUGCUGGCCCCUCCGGUGGACCUGCACCUUGGGCUCGUGAUCGCGGUGACCGUGACCGUGAUCGUGAUCGUGAUCGCGACCAUCGGGAUCGUGGUUACCGCGGACCCGACAACCGCGACGGCGGUGGAGACAACUAUUAUCCCGGCCAGAACUCCUAUGGAAACGCCCCCUCAGGCCAUGGUAAUGCUCCUUGGAAUCAACCGAUGGCCCCUCAGGCCAGUUAUGGUGGCUACCCGGGUUAUGGCGGUUACGGCGCACCGGGUGCUCCGCCCAUCCCAGGCGGAGCCCCCCCUGGUCUUCCUCCUCCGCCGCCCGGUGGUCCGCCACCCGGCCUCCCCGGUGGUCUUAACGCGCUGAUCAGUCAGUACGCUAAUGCCGCCCCGCCGCCGCCCCCUCCACCGUCUGGAGAUGCUCCCCCGCCGCCUCCUCCGCCCAUGGAUCUGCCCCCACCGCCUCCGGCCAUGCUGAACCCUUUUUCAUUCCGGCCGGGACCGGUCACAUUCUGGACAACAGUCACUUACCUAGCUUUGCUCAUACCCAUCGUGGUCAUCAACGAAACCACCCCUCCACCGCCAAACGCGGAAUCGCCAGUGCCAGGGACGAAUCUCACACAAGCAUGGCUAGACCUAGCAACUAUUACCCGGGCUUAUCACCCGUACAACAGCCACUAUAACGAUGAUUUGAGAGGGUAUCUUCUUGGGCGGGUUCGGUCGGUUUUGGAUGAGAAUGAAGUGGCCUGGACCACCGACGGGUCUGAAUCUGCGGCCACAGACGCGCCUGUUACCGUGUUUGAUGACUUGGUCUCUAAUUGCACGUUUCUCAUGGCAUCCAGCGUGGUUGCGAACCCCAACACACCCCAGGUUGCAGCCUACUUUGAAGGCACCAACAUUCUCGUGUACAUUAGGGGAAAGUCGGACGACGCAGGGGCGUGGUGGAAAGAUGCUGAUGUCCACAAUACUCGGCGGAAUGAGAAGGGCUUGACCUUGGUUAACGCACACUACGACUCGGUCUCGACCGGGUAUGGCGCCACGGACGAUGGGAUGGGAGUUGUGACCUGCUUGCAGCUAAUUCAGUACUUUACCCAUCCCGGCAACCAACCCGAGAGGGGCAUCGUUGUCAUGCUCAACAACGGGGAAGAAGAUUACCUCUACGGCGCCCGUGCCCUCGGACAACACCCCCUGAACUCCUACAUUCACACGUUCCUGAACCUCGAAGGGGCCGGGGCUGGUGGCCGGGCCAUGGUCUUCCGCACCACCGACCGUGAAGUCACCGCCGCCUACGCAGGAACAGCAGAUCCGUUCGGAACCAUCAUCGCCUCCGACGCCUUCGGGCUGGGCUUCAUCCGGAGCGGCACGGACUACUCCGUUCUGUACGAUAUCUUUGGCCAACGCGGCCUGGAUUUGGCCUUCUUCAAACCGCGAGCUCGAUACCACACCAACCAGGACGACGCAAGACACGCAUCUCGAGGCAGCCUGUGGCACAUGCUCUCUGCUUCUAUUCACACGGCUACUCGGCUAUCCAGCGAUGCUACGGGCGACACGUUCAUCGGCCCACGACUCGAUGGAGCCCGUGGGAAGGUGCAUAACGGCAGCCCUAGCGACGGAGUAUGGUUUGAUCUGUUCGGCAAGGGCUUUGUGCUAUUUGGCCUAAGGGGGCUCUUUGCCUGGUCGUUGACAGUGCUGAUUGCAACGCCGCUAAUCCUGGUUCUGGUCAGUUAUCUUCUUCACCGCGCGGAUAAGUAUUACCUGUUUAGCUCGAGUGUUGCCGGUCGGGGAGAUCUGCUCGAUGACGAGGCGAUUCCUGUGGGUGGGUGGAAGGGCUUCUUCCGGUUCCCACUUGCGCUUGUGGUUGCCGGGUCUCUAACGCUUGGAGCCGCGUACUUGCUAAGAAAGGUGAACCCUUUCGUCAUCUAUACUAGCCGCUAUUCUGUUCUGGCGAUGAUGGUCUCGCUCUUCUAUUUCGCCUUUUGGGCUAUCAUGCGGGGAGCCAACUUUGCGAGGCCCAGCGCUUUGCAUAAAACUUACGCGCAGAUCUGGCUAUUUAUUCUCGGAUGGGCCACGCUCGUGGCAGUGACCGUUGCUGAGGACCGGUUGAGGAUUGGUGCUGGAUACAUGUUUGUGUUUCUCGAAUCAGCCCUCUUUCUGUCGCUCUUCAUCGCUCUAUGCGAGCAGUUUGCUUUGCCCGCAAAGUCUGUUUGGGCCCAAAGGCUGCGCGAAGAGCAAGAGGAAAGGGAUUUCCACCGCGGUCGUUCCCACGACGACCUCUCCCAGUCCCAGCUACUGUCCUCCGCACCAGAUCAAGAGUCCACGCCAACCGGGGCGGGGCAGUCUAAACACACAACGCUCACCGCCGAGGGCACAGACGGCGUUGACGAUGACGCCGACGCCGAAUCUCCAACGGAGCGCACGCCCCUCGUGGGCGGCUCGACGGGCUCGGGUGAUCAAAAUCGGACCACCUUCACUACCAACUACCGUCGCUCUAUCUCUGCCAUCGUCAACGGUGCCACACGACGCUACAGCGACAGCGGUCUCGCGCAGCACCGCCGCGAGCCCUUUGAGCACGAGCAAUCCUGGUCUGGAAACCUCCCCUCCUGGACCUGGAUCCUCCAGUUCCUCGUGCUCGGGCCGUUCGCGAUUAUUUUGGUCGCCCAGACGGUGCUCCUGCUCGUUGACUCGGUGCACCAGACGGGCGCGGACGGUAGCAGCCUGCUUUUGCCUUACCUAAUCGCGUUCCUAUUUACCGCUCUACUCCUGUUACCGUUGUCUCCGUUCAUCCACCGCGUUACACACCACCUGCCGGUGCUGCUGUUGGUGGUGCUUGUCGGCACGCUCAUUUACAACCUGGCCGCCUUCCCAUUCUCGUCAGCGGCUCGGUACAAGGUAUAUUUUGUGCAGACGCUGGAUCUGGACCAGGGCUCAAACACCGUGUGCUACCACGGUGUGGAACAAUAUGUUAGGAGUAUCGUGGCUGAGUUGCCGUCGGCGUCAGGGAGGGAGCUGACGUGCGGCAAGUCGAGGAGAGCCGGGCUUGUGGGCUGUUGUUUUGAUGGGUCCGGCACGCCGCCGCAACUGACUAUCGGCGAUAGCCCGACAGCGGUUGUUGAGCAGGAUUCUUAUAGCCGGUUGGUGACUAUCAACACCUCGCGGACAGGCCCGCAUGCUGCGCGCCUCGAGGUCGAUGCAGACAACACCAAGGCGUGUUUCCUCGAGUUUGGCAAGCCUGUGUCCAGGUUCAGCGUGCAGGGCAGCUCCGCGUGGGACGAGCGGUUUGGGCAAUACCCGGACGCCGGGGUGCGGAAUGUGAGGAUGUGGCACCGGGAAUGGGAUCAGAAGUGGGUGGUGGACGUGGAGUGGAAGAACGGAGAAGAUGACGGCGUUGUGGCACCCGGGAAACACAGUGGUCUGAAUGGAACCGUGGUUUGCAUGUGGAGCGAUGCGAACGUGGAGGGGACAAUACCCGCGCUGGAUGAGGCGCUCCGGUUCGUGCCAUCGUGGGUGGCGGUUUCUAAGUUGGCAGAGGGGCUUGUGGAAGGGAGAAAGGGGUUUGAAGUGUAA